GCGCGGUGAGAAGUAAACAGAGCUAGUCCCGGUUUAGCCGCAUCUCAGAGCGCGCUCGGCGGACGGAUACACGGCUCCAGGAUACCGGGCGCAGUGCACCCCCAGGGCCCCGCCCCCUCCGCUCGGCCCCGCCCCCUGUCCGCCAGCCGCGCCGCUCCUUGUUCUCCCAGGCCGUGGUGACCGGUUCCAUCCGGCUUGUGGCGCAUGCGCACUGACCCUCCCACAGGAAGCGCUGACAGGCCGCAGCUCUCCCCCCAGCCCCCAGCUCUCCGCCCCGAGCUCCCCCGGUGUGUGUGUCCCAGGCAGGCAGGAUGGUGCAGAAGGAGGGCCAGGCCCCGGCUGCCGUCACCGAGACAGACAAGGAAAGCAACCCCAACACACUGAGCCCGGAGCUGGCCCACCAGAUCCCCCCCGGGGGGGACACCGCCAGCAACAGGAGGUUCCUCUGCGGAGUGGUGGAGGGGUUUUAUGGGAGGCCAUGGACCAUGGAACAAAGGAAAGAACUCUUUAGAAGGCUUCAGAAGUGGGGUCUGAAUACAUACCUGUAUGCACCAAAAGAUGAUUACAAGCAUAGGAUGUUUUGGAGAGAAAUGUACUCUGUGGAAGAAGCUGAUCAGCUUAUGACCCUUAUAUCAGCUGCGCAAGAAUAUGGGAUUGAGUUUAUUUAUGCCAUAUCACCAGGUCUUGACAUAACAUUUUCCAACCCAAAAGAAGUAUCCACAUUAAAACGCAAGCUAGACCAGGUUACCCAGUUUGGAUGCAAAUCAUUUGCUCUUUUGUUUGAUGAUAUUGAUCACAACAUGUGUCCAGCAGACAAAGAAGUUUUCAGUUCUUUUGCUCAUGCACAAGUUGCAAUAACAAAUGAGAUUUAUCAAUACUUGAAUGAACCAGAAACCUUUUUGUUCUGUCCAACAGAAUAUUGUGGAACCUUUUGCUACCCAAAUGUGGCGCAAUCCCCCUAUCUAAAAACUGUUGGAGAGAAGUUGCUCCCUGGCAUAGAAGUUCUUUGGACAGGACCUAAAGUUGUUUCCAAAGACAUUCCUGUCGAAUCUAUUGAAGAAGUUUCCAAAAUUCUUAAGCGAGCUCCACUGAUUUGGGAUAAUAUACAUGCCAAUGAUUAUGACCAGAAGAGGCUCUUUCUUGGACCUUACAAAGGGCGAUCUACUGAGCUCAUCCCCCGGCUUCAAGGAGUCUUGACAAACCCAAACUGUGAAUUUGAAUCAAAUUAUGUUGCAAUUCACACCUUGGCUACUUGGUAUAAGUCAAACAUGAAUGGUGUAAGAAAAGAUGUGGUUAUGACGGAUAGUGAAGACAGCACUGUGUCAAUCCAGAUUAAGUUAGAGAAUGAAGGCAGUGAUGAAGACAUUGAAACUGAUGUUUUAUACAGCCCACAAAUGGCUCUGAAAAUGGCACUUACAGACUGGCUGCAAGAAUUUGGUGUACCUCUUCAAUAUAGCAGCAGACAAAUAUCACACAGCGGAGCUAAAUCAAGUGUUGUUGGGAUACCACCUCUUGUUUCUGCACCAGGCCUUCAUGCAUCAACUACCGUUACGACUGUUUACCAGCAGCCCAUUAUGAGUCAGGGGGCUACAUUGAGUGUGGACCCACCAAUGCUGGCCAAGGAAGAGGAGAAAAAGCAGCUAGAAGAGGAGCCUAUGGACAUGGUAGUUGAAAAGCUAGAGGAAGCAAACAAGAAUGGUAAUCAAAUCUUAACAGACAUUGCUGAAGCCAAAAUGUCAGAGGAAUUGAAACCAAUGGACACCGACAAAGAAAGCUUGGUGGAAACCAAGUCUUCAGAGUCCUGCAUGCAGGAAGAUGUGGGAAAUGACAUAGCUCCUAUGCAGACAGAUGAACAAAUCAAUAAGGAGCAGUUUAUCCCUGGUCCAAAUGAGAAACCUCUCUAUACUGCAGAAGCGGUGACUCUGGAUGAUUUGCAGCUACUUGCCGAUCUUUUUUACUUGCCUUAUGAACAUGGACCAAAAGGAGUGCAGAUGUUGAAGGAGUUUCACUGGCUUCGAGCGAAUAGCAGUGUUGUUAGUGUUAACUCUGCUGGCAAGGACUCUGAGAAAAAUCCAGCCGAACACUUGGAUGAGGAAAUCACAUUGUCUCUUGACUGCUGUAUGGUCAAUGAAUGGAGAUCCCGUGCAGCUAAAUUCGAAGAAAUGUGUAACAUCGUGAUGACCAUGUUUACACGCCUGUCCAACUGCCCAAACAGGACCAUUCUCUAUGACUUGUACUCCUAUGUCUGGGACAUCAAAAGCAUCAUCUCAAUGGUGAAAUCGUUUGUACAGUGGCUUGGGUGUCGUAGUCAAUCUUCAACACAGUUCUUAAGUGGAGACCAAGAACCCUGGGCCUUUAGAGGAGGUCUAGCAGGAGAGUUCCAGCGUUUGCUUCCUAUUGAAGGAGCAAAUGAUCUCUUUUUUCAACCACCUCCCUUGACACCUACAUCCAAAGUCUACACCAUUCGGCCUUAUUAUCCAAAAGAUGAGGCUUCUGUUUACAAGAUCUGUAGAGAAAUGUAUGAUGAUGCUAUGGAUGAUCUUCCAUUUGAAAGUCAGCCUGACCUAAUAGGAGACAAGUUGGUUGGUGGCCUGCUCUCCCACAGUCUAGAUUACUGUUUUGUUUUAGAAGAUGAAGAUGGUAUAUGUGGAUAUGCUGUAGGCACAGUCGAUGUUGCACCGUAUCUUACAAAAUGCAAACAUUCCUGGAUUCCUUUUAUGCAGGAAAAAUAUACAAAACCAAAAUGUGACAAGGAACUCUCAGCGGCAGAGAAAAUUAUGCUGAGUUUUCACGAAGAGCAGGACAUUUUGCCAGAUACAUUCCUUGCCAACUUUCCUUCACUAAUAAAAGUGGACAUUCACAAAAAAGUCACAGACCCAAGUGUGGCCAAAGGAAUGAUGGCGUGCCUCCUAUCCUCUCUGAAAGCUAAUGGAUCUCGAGGUGCAUUUUGUGAAGUGCGGCCUGACGACAAGAGAAUCUUGGAUUUCUACAGCAAACUGGGCUGCUUUGAAAUUGCCAAGAUGGAAGGAUUUCCAAAGGAUAUUGUUAUUCUCGGAAGGACCCUCUGAAUAUUUCAAAAUCUGGAUUUUUUUUCUAAAAGUUUGAAUGCUAGUUAAAUUGGUUAUAAUAUUUUGUAAUAUUAUGUAUGACUGCAUAUCUUACCAUCUGGUAGUUUUGGUUAAACUCCUAUGCAUAAGACGUCAAGAUAAUACUGCUUAUAAAACACAAAAAGCAAAGGUUUUAAGACAAAGAAAUGGUUAAGGCUUUUAUGAGAUGCUACCGGUAACUUGCAUGGGCUCCCGCCUUGGAGGAAUGUCUACUCCAGGUUAACACAGAGAAGGAAAUGUGCCUGGUUGUUUUAAGUAUAGUUUUUGAUUUACGAGACUAUUUGAUGUUUCAUCACUUUGUCAUACAUUUAAACGUUUGAGCGGCAUGGGCAUAUUGGGCAAUGCUUUGCUUACAAUUGUUAGCCUUUAAAAGGUUAAAUAUUCAAGUCGUCUGUUUAAAAUAUUCAUGAACCAACUUCUUAUUGUACAUGUCAAUAAGGUGAUUUUCGAUUAUUUUUUUUCCCCUCCUCUUCCCUUUUAUAUUUUCUCCCAACCCAGAAAAAGUGACAGGUGUAGCACUACAUAUGGGCCAUGAGAAUUACCUGUGGCCUGCAGUUAAAAGGCUUAUUGGAGCCUAGUAAGCAUUCAGGGCCAGCCCUGGUGUGACAAUGGAGGCAAACCCUUCCUGUAAAUGUUUAAUGUAUGUACAGUUCUUGUGUUUACCAUUUUUUUUGUAUUUUAUUUCUUUUGUUAUUUCUUUAUAAACGUUUUGACCAAGCAUGGUUCUUACAGAAUAAUAGUUUAAAUAAAAUAAUAUAGCCCUUUGGUGCUCUGAGGGUUAAACCUGCCUAUAUUUUCUGUUUACAUUGUGCCUCCUGUGAGGUAAUGCUUCAAGCAGAAGGUCUAUAUGUCUAUAUAUUUCAAUCCUUAUUGUGUUCAUUUGUGGUCUGUGAUGUUUUUGGUUUUUAUGUGCCAAGAACUUUUUCGUAAUUAUUAUUAAUUGUACGCUGUUCAUUUUUAAGGAUUAACACAUUUUUUUUUCCCAUUUUUUUUUUUUUAAACCAUUUUAGUGUUUUUAGUACUUGCAACAUUUCUAUGCUUUUCCUUGUAGAUGCACUUACAUUUUCCAUGCUAUAGAAUUGUCUGGCUACUUGAGACUUGUGGUGGCCAAGAUAAAUGUUGUUCUUGGUUAUACUCUGCCCACCCAAAUCCCUUUAAAAAUAAAAAAAUAAAAAAUAAAAAAA